AUGCCGGCGACACUUCACACCCAAGUCCAAUCAUGGGCGACGGAGUUCGUCAGAGCCGUCGACAACCGCGACGGCAGGGCGCUUGCGAUUCUAAUACGAAGCAAGUGCGAUAAGCUCCGGCUCAAGGGCGCCCGGGGAUUUGACGAGGCGAAGAUAGAGCAGGUUUGCCAAAAGUCUUUUGGCAAGUUCGACUCGGUGUAUGGCGCCGAGAUGCGUCUGUUCCUUUCCCACUACAUCAAGGUGGCCAUCCUCAUCUCCAACGGGCUGGCGCCAUGGGAUGAGAUACUGAAAAGAUCGUCCAAACUUCUAGACAUCUGGAUGGACCUGUACUUGGGCCUUACAACGGUGGACUACAACUGGCUGGUGCCUGCGCUGCAUUCCAUAUGCAACCUCAUAAGCAAGAUCGGACUCAUGGCCGACCGAUCGUCAGAGGACAAUGGCGAGUUCGACAACGCCGAGGACAGCGACAAGGACAAGUACAUGAAGCAGGUCCUCAGCAACGUGCGCAGCAAGAUGGGUCGCGUCAGGGGUGACGACACACGACACCCAGCCUACAUCAUCCUCCUCGGGCAGUCAAUUAAGGGGUGCAUUCAGACGACAGAGCCACCGACAAUGCUCAUUCACACUGCAGCUGGGCAACAUGCAGAUGGCCGCGGGGUUCCUGAAGACCAUCGAAUCGCAAAUGCUCGCAGCGCCAUCAACUACUCGAGGGCACUCCGGGGUCCACUCAUCAACUAUCGCUACUACCUCGGCAAGCUUCACAUGCAGAAGGGGGAAUACGUUGAGGAGCACCUGGUUUGGGCGUUCUCCAAUACGCUGCAAGAAUCGAUAAAAAUGCGCAGGCAUAUCCUCGAGUGCAUUAUCGUGGUCCGCGUAGGGCUGGGUAAGCUGCCGUCGGAGAAGCUACUCGAGAAGUACGAGCUCACCCACUACAGCGACAUCGUCCGCGCCAUCAAACUGGGGGACGUCAAGCUCUUCACUGACACCGUCCGCCGGUUCUCCGAUGUCUUCACCGUGCAGGGUACUAUCCUCUGUGUGGAACAGCUCAAGUACAUCGCAUAUCGCACGCUCAUCAAGAACGCCAAGAGCUGGUGGAACACCAACGUACCCGAGACCAAGCCCAACAUGCUCUCCGUCGAGCUGCUGACGGCAAUCGUGCGCUGGCAACUGCCUCACAUGACCGAUCAGGAGAUGCUCUGCAUCUGCGUGAACCUGAUCCGUCGGGGUCUGGUUAAGGGCUACGUCUCGUGGGAGCGACUCAUGAUCGUCUUCAGCAACGUGCAGCCCUUCCCACCCAUCCAAUCCAGUGCCCUGUGA